UCUGCUCAUUUCUGCAAAAUCUCAGAGGUGAAAAGUAUUCUAAACAAGGGAGGAAAGAAAGAAAUCCGUCUAGAUUCUAGAACAUAUUGUUACUUUCAGACACUGUACAGUUAGUCUGUCUUCAUCAUUUUCUUCCAUGGGUUUCAAGAAGUUUAUUCCUACCGUCCAAAGGAGAACCCCUCGAGGCCCCUAUAAAUACCAUCACCAUGCAGUCUUUGCCAUGCAUAACACUCACAAACAAGUUUUCUGGUUUUCAUCUGGACUCUUGUGAACACCUUCACUUCUUCACUGAGCAAUGGCUUCCCGUUCCUUGAGCUCAUCCUCUUGGACAUCAAAGCAGAACAAGUCCUUUGAGCGCGCGCUGGCCGUGUACGACAAGGACACGCCUGACCGCUGGAAGAAUGUGGCGGCCAUGGUUGGAGGCAAGACUGCGGAGGAGGUGAAGCGUCACUACGACCUGUUAAUGGAAGAUGUGAAGUCCAUUGAGUCAGGUCAGUGGCUCCCACUAGGCUAUAAGGCUCCUGCUGCUGCCAACAGCAGUAACAGGGCAAGGAACGCAAGCUUAACAGAUGAUGAUCACAGGCUCAUGAUGAACCUGAAAUUGCAACGCCAAUAAGAAGUUGCCCCAAUUAAUACACAAUGUCAAAGAAUAUGGUGGGAUGGACUCCCUCUUCCCUCUCUCUGUCUUUUAGUAGUGAUAGGUACAGUCUGUACUUUGUAUAGAAAAUCUCUGCUAUCCCACAGAGAUUUCAUGUGUAGUCUUGUUGCAGUCGAAGCUGUAAAUGUAAUGUUACUGUCAAAUAUGUAGGAGCUCUCACUCUCCCUUGUCUCAUACAUAUUACAGGUCACUAUGUGAUUCUAGUCCUUGUUCAGUUUGUAUUAUUAUCAUAGUGGAAAUAUCAAAUGCUUUUAUUAUCUUUUUAGUAA